GGGGGGCUGCGGCCGAUGGGACAAGCGGGGACGCUCCUGGGGCUGGGGGGGGCAGGGGAUCCCGGACCCCCUUGUGCGGCCACCACUCCCCCCGGGAACCCGACGGCAGGGGACCGCCGCGUCACCCCCCCCCCCCCCCCGGGACCCCCAGCCCCACCAUGGGGGGAGAAGGCGGGCACCAGGGUGUUCAAGAAAUCCAGCCCCAACUGUAAGCUCACGGUCUACUUGGGCAAGAGAGACUUCGUGGAUCACUUGGACCGGGUGGACCCUGUGGAUGGAGUGGUGCUGGUGGACCCCGACUAUCUGAAGGACCGGAAAGUGUUUGUGACGCUGACCUGCGCCUUCCGCUACGGCCGGGAGGACCUGGAUGUCCUGGGCCUGUCCUUCCGCAAGGACCUGUUCGCCGCCACCCGCCAGGCUGUGCCCCCCCUGCCUGAGGAGCACCGGCCCCCCACCCGCCUGCAGCAGCGCCUGCUCCGCAAGCUGGGCCCCGCUGCGCACCCCUUCGCCUUCACGAUCCCCCAGAACCUGCCCUGCUCCGUGACGCUGCAGCCCGGCCCUGAGGACACUGGCAAGGCUUGCGGCGUUGACUUUGAGAUCCGGGCGUUCUGCGCUAAAUCCCUGGAAGAAAAGAUCCACAAGAGGAACUCGGUGCGGCUGGUGAUCCGGAAGGUGCAGUACGCGCCUGAGCAGCCUGGCCCCCAGCCCAGUGCCGAGACCACCCGCCAUUUCCUCAUGUCCGAGCGCUCCCUGCACCUGGAGGCCUCGCUGGACAAGGAGCUCUACUACCACGGGGAGCCCCUGAACGUCAAUGUCCACGUCACCAACAACUCCAGCAAGAGCAUCAAGAGGGUCAAAGUGUCCGUGCGGCAGUUCGCCGACAUCUGCCUCUUCAGCACCGCCCAGUACAAGUGUCCCGUGGCCCAGAUCGAGCAGGAGGACCAGGUGCCCCCCAGUGCCACCUUCUGCAAGGUCUACACCCUGACCCCCCUGCUCAGCAACAACCGGGAGCGGCGGGGGCUGGCGCUGGAUGGCAAGCUGAAGCACGAGGACACCAACCUGGCCUCCAGCACCAUCGUCAAGGAGGGAACGAACAAGGAGGUUUUGGGGAUCCUGGUGUCCUAUCGCGUCAAGGUGAAGCUAGUGGUGGCCCGUGGCGGGGACGUCUCAGUGGAACUCCCCUUCAUUCUCAUGCACCCAAAGCCCCCUGAGCCCUGCCCCCCGCCACGGUCACAGUCAGCCCUCCCUGAGACAGACACCCCCGUCGACACCAACCUCAUCGAAUUUGAGACCAACUACGGGCCAGAUGACGACAUCGUCUUUGAGGACUUCGCCCGCCUGCGCCUGAAGGGGCUGAAGGACGAGAAGGAUGACGAGGACCAGUUCUGCUAGUGACCCCCCCCCGGGACCCCCAAAUCCCCCCGCGCCCCCCCCCCCAGGACCCCUGGCACUGCCCUAGGACCCCCCCAGGACCCCCCUCAACACCCUUGCCGCACCCCUCCCCGUAUGACUGCUGUAAGGGGGGGUCCGCUCCAUCCCCGUCCCCCGGGAGGGGGUGGAAUUUCAGGGGGACCCCAGGCCCCCCCUGGGGUGCAGCCCCCCUCCUCCCAUUCCCCCCCAAGCACUGGACUUGACUGGGCAUUACCCCCCCCCCCCCCCCAACUGUUUAUAUGUACAUUAAUUUUUAAAGAUGUUUCAGGGGACACCCCCCCCCCGGCCUGUCCCCCCCCACCCGAUGGGGCUUGGGGAUGGGGAGGGGGGGGUCGCUGGGUUAAAUAAAAACCUUUGAGUCGA